ACAAAACAGAUUCGGCGAUAUUCGGCCAUGUUUGUGUAAUGACAGUAGUUUCUCUAAACUUAUCGUAAUAUAGCGCAAAAAGAGGACUUAAUUCGAAUCUAUUUAACAGAAAAACUGAUAUGGARGAAGAAGUUAAAAACGUUAAAGCUUAUCUCAUGAAACAAAGCACUGUUUCCAACAAGAAUUUAUAUGAUCAUCUUAGCGAUGUACUUGGUAAAAUUUUAGAUGAAAGACCAGAAAAUUGCAUUGAUGUAUUUGAAGACUUCAGCUAUUUAGCUAAGAAAGGAGAUCAAGAAAAAGUAGAGGAUGAAAGUGCCAAUGAAAAAGACAAAAAGAAUGCUGAAAUGCAGCAAAAGCUAUUUGAGAAAGAGGGUGAUGGAGAGGGUGGUGAGCCAGAAAAUGAAGAAGACAUAGAAACCCCAUUACCAGAUCUUAUGAAUUUGAAUUAUUACUUUGAGCAAGCUGGUAUUGGUUUAAGCAGAGAGGAGAUGUUUAGAGUGUUCUUAGCCCUGAAGGAGUUAGUUGAUACAAAGCCUCUUCAAACAGUCAGGUUUUGGGGAAAACUAUUUGGUAUUGAAAGUAAUUACUAUAUUGCUGAAGUGGAAUACAGAGAAGGUGAAGAAGAAGAAGAGGAGGAAGAAGAAGAGGGAGAAGGUGAAGGAGAAGGCGAAGGAAAAGAUGAUGAAAAAAAUGAAGAAGAUGAGGAAGCAGCAGAGGAGGAUGAUACCCCUAAACCAGACUGGAAGCCUCCUCCGCCYAUUCCAAAGGAAGAAAACAGAACAGGAACAAAUAAGAGAGUGUUCUUUGUAACCAAUGAACCUGGUAAACCAUGGGUAAAGCUCCCACCUGUUACACCUGCACAAAUUGYUGUAGCAAGACAAAUCAAGAAAUUCUUCACAGGAAGACUAGAUGCCCCUAUUGUAAGUUACCCACCUUUUCCUGGCAAUGAAAUGAACUAYCUCCGUGCCCAAGUAGCUAGAAUCACAGCAGGAGCCUGCAUCAGCCCAGCAGGYUACUUCAUGUUUGAAGAAGAAGAAGAGGAGGAGGAAGAAACAGAAGAAAGAGACUCUUACAUCUUGAAUACAGACUUUGAAGGCAUUAAUGUCCAAGAGCUAGCAGAUCCUUCUCUUAACAACUGGGUUCAUCAUAUGCAGCACAUUCUACCACAGGGUCGAUGUGUCUGGCAUAAUCCUGUGGAGAAAAAUGAGGAYGAAUUCGAAGAAGAGGACGAAGAGGAAGAAAAAGAAAUGGUGGAAGAACCGCAAAGGGAAGUGGGACCUACCCUCUUGGCCUCGGUAGCAGACGAUGAUCCUGUCAAUGAUAUGCCAGCAUGGACCCCAUAUGUCUCAUCAGAAGUCCUCCCACGAUACGCCUUAGCAGUCCUAAGGUCAAACAGAUGGCCCGGAGCCUACGCAUUUGCAAAGGACAGAAAAUUCGAAAACAUUUACAUUGGGUGGGGCCACAAGUACGAUGCCAACAACUACACACCCCCUCCCCCUCCGCCUACAAUGUCAGAAUUCCCUGUUGCGCCCGAAAUAACAGAGGUUGAUGACCCGACUGUCGAGGAGGAGGCCGCCUUGAAGAAGGCUCAAGAGGAAGCUAUGGAGGCAGCAGAGGAUAUGGAGGACGUGGAUGACGAGGACGAUGACGAUUAAUUGACACUUCAUGUAUAAAAAUAAUAUUUAUGUACAAAAAUUUGUAAAAUAUGAUGUCGCAGCUCUAAAUAAUAAAGUCAAUUUUAUAU